UCACAGGGGCCUUUACGCCAUAGGGCAACUCCUUAUGCCGUUGUCACACUGAAGCUAGAAUUCUCAAAGCUGGAGCACUUAUGUGUCUAGAUUUUGGAGGUCCCAGCCUGAAUAUAUGCACAAGCAGGCUUUUUGUUUCCGAGCCCAGUGAAGAGGACUGCUCUGACUCCAGCUCUUCUGAAAUAGUAGAUGUGUAACAUGCAAGGUUCUCUUCCAGCCCUGACUGGAGGUGAUGCGGCAAUGUGUGUAUGCAAGAAAAGUCCAUGCAGACUUUAUAUAGACUUUACUACUACAGAAAAGAGAAUCUUUCUGAAAGCUAAGGCCCUGAGAAGAGCAAACUACUGAAAAACUAAGGCCUGCAUCAGAAGGGCUUCUGCUUCCAUUAAUGGACUGAGUAAUUCAGACCAAGCCUCCAUUUGAAGACAACUAAAAAUGCUGGAAACAGUAUCCACAGUGGACUCUGGGACUCCUACAGACUUGGCACAGCUUCCUACAGUCUUGAAACAGCCCUGUUGUUCUGUCAUGGCCAGUGGGCAGUUUGUGAACAAACUGCAAGAGGAAGUGAUCUGCCCCAUCUGCCUGGACAUUCUGCAGAAACCUGUCACCAUCGACUGUGGGCACAAUUUCUGCCUCAAAUGCAUCACUCAGAUUGAGGAAACAUCAUGUGGAUUUUUCAAAUGUCCCCUCUGCAAAACUUCCGUAAGGAAGAACGCAAUCAGGUUCAACUCACUGUUGUGGAAUCUGGUGGAGAAAAUCCAAGCUCUACAAGCCUCUGAGGUGCAGUCCAAAAGGAAAGAGCCUACAUGCCCGAGGCACCAGGAGAUGCUCCAUUAUUUCUGCGAGGAUGAUGGGAAGUUCCUCUGUUUUGUGUGUCGUGAAUCCAAGGACCACAAAUCCCAUAAUGUCAGCCUGAUAGAAGAAGCUGCUCAGAAUUAUCAGGGGCAGAUUCAAGAGCAGAUCCAAGUCUUGCAGCAAAAGGAGAAGGAGACAGUACAAGUGAAGGCACAAGGUGUACACAGGGUCGAUGUCUUUACGGACCAGGUAGAACAUGAGAAGCAAAGGAUCCUCACAGAAUUUGAACUCCUGCAUCAAGUCCUAGAGGAGGAGAAGAAUUUCCUGCUGUCACGGAUUUACUGGCUGGGUCAUGAGGGAACGGAAGCAGGGAAACACUAUGUUGCCUCCACUGAGCCACAGCUGAACUAUCUCAAGAAGCUCAUUGAUUCCCUGAAGACCAAGCAGAACAUGCCACCCAGGCAGCUGCUGGAGGAUAUCAAAGUCGUCUUGUGCAGGAGUGGAGAGUUUCAGUUUCUCAACCCAACCCCUAUUCCUCUGGAACUAGAGAAAAAACUCAGUGAAGCAAAGUCAAGACAUGACUCCAUCACAGGGAGCCUGAAAAAAUUCAAAGACCACCUCCAGGCUGAUAGGAAAAAAGAUGAAAACAGAUUCUUCAAAAGCAUGAAUAAAAAUGACAUGAAGAGCUGGGGCUUGUUACAGAAAAAUAAUCAUAAAAUCAACAAAACCUCAGAGCCCAGGUCAUCUUCUCCAGGCGGCAGAACAACUACAUCGGGGCCACCAAAUCACCACUCCUCAGCCCCAUCCCACUCCCUGUUUCGGGCCUCCUCUGCUGGGAAAGUCACUUUUCCAGUACGUCUCCUGGCCUCUUAUGCUGAGAUUUCUGGUCAAGGAGCCAGCUCUCAGGACACGAAGAUAUUUGGCGCUGCGCUGUUCGAGGAGCUCCAUGCGGCGCUGAGUGAGUGGCUGACAGCGAUCCGGGCUCGGUUUUGUGAGGUUCCUUCAAGCCAAGCCAGCUCAGAGAACACGGGGAGCGGUGGUGCUACACUGACUUCGGAGCAUAGAGUGGCGCUGACCCCUGUGACACUGGACGCAGCCUCGGCCCACCCGGAUCUCAUACUUUCCCAGGAUGAGAUAGUGACGCUGGACCUCGCAUCCCAGGGCGGUUCGCAGAAGCCGGGCGACCCCCGACUCUUCUACCGGUUCCGCUGAGUGCUGGGCUCGCUGGGCCUUUGCUCCGGCAGCGGCUCCUGGGAGGCGGAGCUCCAAGGGCCCGGGGGCGGGGCCUGCGUGCUGGGCGUGGCCUUGGCGCUGGUUCCUAGGCGGGGCUUCUUGGAGGUGGAGCCCUUGACCGGCUUCGAGGAGCUGUACAGCACCGGCUCCCAGUGCCAGGCGCUCACCGAGAGCGGUUCCCGGGAGGAUCUCCCGGUCUGUCCGAACAAAGUGGGCGUCCGCGUGGAUUACUGGGGCGGAGAGGUAGUCUUCUACGACGCCACCUCGAGCACCCACAUCUACACUUUCCAUGCCCCCUUUCCGGGGCAGAUCUCCUUUUUCCAGCAUCUGUUUUCCGGCACCCGGAUCACCUUGGGUCGCUAGAGUUGUUCUUCGCCUUCCUCUGCAUCUCGUCCUCACUCGCUUCUCGCCCCCACAACCCCACUUUGGGAUGUGCUGCAGCUGGAAGGGUUGAAGCUAGGCUUCCAGCAGCCCUAUGGGAAGGUUACACCCUUCGGGCUUCCUCCUGAUCCAGUCCUGAUUUCUCUGGCCCUGCUUUAAAUAUUCCUUCUAUCUCUCAGUUCCUCUCUCCUUACAAUAUGCCUGGGUCGAAAAGAAAGGCUCAAAUACACUAAAAGGCUAUACACAAGGCUGUUCUUUGCAGCACAGUUGGUAACAGGAUAAGACUGGAAAACAAACGUCUAUCAACAGGUGGUUGAAAAAGCUGCCACGUGCAAGCAUCCAGCUGCAUCUUGGUUAAGACGGACGCAGGGGACUGGACCACUGACCCCGGCUUGUCCCUCUGUCUCUUCCUCCAUCUUACCUCGUGCAGCCCCUGUGGCCCUGCACAGGGCUUUGACCCAUCUGAACCCCAUCCUGAAAACCGACAUACGCAAAACUUUUCUAGUUCUUCAUAAUACUCAGAAACCAAAAUUAAUCCCACGUCCAGAUGCAUCCUCCUCUCAAACCCACAUCACCACUACCCGCAACAAAAGUCUUGAUCAUUCCUAGUGUUGCCAUGUGAGGGACUGAGGUUAAACCCAGAGAAGGACUGCUCCAGUUUCCUGAGUGAGCCCAAAAAAGUAAAAGGGCGAGGAGGUUGGAAACGCAGAGACGAAAUGACCUCUGGACAGUAAAACCCACGAUUUGAGCCAGUUUGGGAUGAUUAUGAGUUCCUUCCUCUUCCUCCCUUCAGCCCGGCUGGGGACUGGGUAGGCGGAUGGGACCGGGCGUCUCUAGGCUUUUCCUGCCGCCUCGCUCCGGUAGGGAGAGGGCGGUGUUGCAGGAGGCUUGGGGAGUCGCCCGCCCGACCACCCUGCUGCCCGGCGCGUGGCUGCGCAGCGGGAGGGCGGGCCCAGGUGUCGGGGCGGGAGUGAGCCAACGCCCGGAGCACGGAUUCCAGGGGCGCUCAGUCAGCCCUGGCCAGGCUCCCCCAUCCAGUUCCCCCAGUCGCCCUCAAGGCGCCGCCGAUUACAUAAACAGCCUUCACCUCCCUGCGGAGGGGACAACCAAGGGCUGAGGACACACCGGCCGAGACCCGAAAGUAACGCCCUUCCGGACUUUUAUUCAGAAUCAGCCGGGACUGCCCAAAUUCCCUAUUUACAGUUCUCACAGCCCUCGUCAUGGUCAUGGACUUCGCGCCUUUUACCUUGUUUCCUUUCAUUGUGUGCAGAUUCAACUUCCUUACUCCAAAGGGAGAUCUUUCCCAAUUGUCUUAAGUUGAUUUUAUACUUCCUGGCUCUACCAACCCCUGACACUUAGCACAGACCCUAGAAUGGGGUACUUGAUUAAUAAAUAUUUACUAAAUUAAAA